CUGCUGUGUUGUUUAAUUAAUUAGCCUACCUGUGCACAUGCGCGAAACCAAUGACAGAAUCUAAUGAUGCGAGAAGCCGAGAAAGCAGUCCAGAAUUUUCGUUGCCGUGGCCUUCAUAUUCUAAUUUUUUCGAAGUUCGGUCGAGUGAUAAAAAUAACCUUAUUGUGAAAUGCUUGUUGUGUGGUGCUGCGAACAAUUUUGUAGUGUGAACUAAUUACUCAAUGCAAUUUAAAACCUAUUUAAAAUUUUUAGUUUAAAUAAACAUAUAUCUUUACUAAACACAAUAUGUUUUAUUAGCUUUUAAUUAAUUAUAAAAAUAUUACGUAUCACAUUUUUAGUUUUUCACAAAGUAACUGUUAAAGUAACUUACAGUUACUUUUCUCAUAACUGUAACUGUAACUGGUUUAUUUUCAGUAGUGUAACUUGUAGUUGUAACAGGGUUACAUUUCCAAUGGAGUAUUUGUAACUGUAACUGAGUUACUUUUUAACCCGUAAUCGACACACAUGGGUCCUGGGGACCCGUGGAAAUUUUAAUUUUGCUCUACGUCAGUGAGGGUUUGUAGCACUGGCCCAGCCAUCCAGGUAGUUUCCUAACCCUCAGUCGGCCUUGGACUGGUGUGGUGUUUAUACCUUUGCAGGUGCUUGUUGACGCUAUAGAGGUAUGUUUGGGUCCUCAGGACCCAUGUGUGUCAGUUAGGUAACUUUUACAACUACGUUUUCUGUACUAAGUUUUGCAAUAUGGAUGGAGGUUCGGAUGAAGAUCAAGUUUUGGCAGCUGCAGGCCGAACAUUAAGUGAUACUGAUUACAUUAGUGGUUCAGAUAGUGACUAUGAAGUAAGUGAACAUGAAUCUGGAACGGAUGAAAGUGAAGAUGAAGAGGACACUAAUGGUGAGUCUGAAGGCUCAAAUUAUUUUUAUGGGAAAAACAGAAUGAAAUGGUCAAAACAUUCAGUUAUACGAGGUAGAACACCACAGCACAACAUCAUACCAAGAUGUCAUUUACCAGGUAUAAAAGGAGAAGCUAGCCAGAUAGGAACACCAAGCCCAAUAGCAUUUUGGGAGCUUUUGUUUACAGCUGAAAUGCUACAAGAAAUUGUUCUUCGGACUAACGAAAGAAUAAUUUCUGUAACUGAAGGUAUCAACAAACUGUCGUAUCACCAUGAAACGGAUGUGACUGAAAUAAAGGCCCUAUUAGGUUUGUGUUAUCUGUGGGGUGCUUUCAAAUCGAAUGAUGAAGAUCUGUUGGCUGUAUAUGCUAAAGAUGGGACUGGAAGGCCAAUUUUUCGUGCAGUAAUGCCAUACAACAGAGUAUUUUUUCUACUACGCUGCUUGCGUUUUGAUGAUUCAAAAACACGGGUUGAAAGACAGCAGUCAGAUAAGCUUGCUCAUAUCUCAUGGUUAUUUGCGAAAUUCAUAGAGCAGUGUCAGCGCAAUUAUUCAGUAGGUCAGUACGUAACUAUUGAUGAGAUGCUUGUUGGUUUUCGAGGAAGAUGUUCGUUUCGCAUGUACAUACCCUCGAAACCCAGAAAGUAUGGGAUAAAAAUAUUUAUCCUGACAGAUGCCAAAUUGCACUAUUGUUUGAAUGCUGAAGUGUACUGCGGCCAAACUGUAGGACAGCAAUCUACAUCAAAAUCUAGCUUGUUAGUUCCAUCAAUGGUGGUAUUGAGAUUAGCAAAACCUAUUCAAGGAAGCAAUAGAAAUAUUACGGGUGAUAAUUGGUUCACGUCAAUAGAACUUGUCAAUGAGCUAAACAAAAUGAACCUUACAUACAUAGGGACCAUAAAAAAAAAUAAACGUGAACUACCUGCAGCAUUUGUCAACUCUAAAGGAAGAGAAGUAUCAUCUUCUUUACAUGGUUUCUCUGGAAGAAUCACAUUAGUUUCCUUUGUUCCUAAAAAAGGAAAAGUUGUGAAUAUGAUUUGAACAAUGCAUCAUACCAAAGACAUUGACGAGUCGACAGGAAAACCAGUUGUUAUAAUGGACUACAACCAAUUAUACCUUUGUUUUGUGGUGAUAUGUUUAGUAAUAAUUUAUGUGAUCACAAGGAAAGCAGUAUGGACUUCUGAACAGUUAUGAAAGAGCCUUCAAAGAGCUGCAAUUUUUUUUGUGUAUUAUCUUUUCGAAAAAUUUGUGAAACCUGAAGAUAAAGACAUAUAUUGACUAUAAGACUAUAAUGUUUUGAUACUGUAACAUAAUUAAAAAACCAAGAUAUAGUUCCACUUAAAAAUAACAAUUCAACAAAAAAUUACAAAUUCACUGAUUUCAAAAUUAUUUUUUGUAAUGUUUGUUAAAUGUAUUUUAAAACACAGAUUUUUGUCAUUAAAGGUAAUAAGUGUUAGAAUUCAAACGUAUUUUUCAAUUUCUUAAACAAGCAACAUACUUAACAGAAACCUAGAAGAAAAAAAAUUGGGUCCCUGGGACCCAUGCGUGUCAUUAAUGUAAUUUUUUUUGUGUGUGUCGAUUACGGGUUAAAAGUAACUUUCCGGUCCCUGGUAAUACGUAAUCAAUUAGGUGACCCCUCGUGGCACCUGCGCCUCACGCCAGUGAAAUCCCCUCUCGGGGAAUAGUUCUUCGCCCACGCGGGGCGGCACUGCGCAAAACGCGUACCUAAGUGUAAGGACGAGUCAUUAACUGGGACGUGCCACGGUCGUGCGUGUGAUAUCCUGCAGGAUACAACCGCGCCCGUACCCAGCGCAACGUGGCCCCAGCCACCAUGCGGAGUAGCCGCCUUUGUAUACCCAUCUGUGCGGGACUAACCACAGUGACUAUAGUGUAGUGUGUUAUAAUAAGUAAUUUUGCUGGACCAAUCGCCCACGCAUUUCACGUUGCGUCCGCGGACUUUCACAUAGGCCGGAACAGGUUUAUCGUGCGCCUGUGCACCCCACUCGCAAGUCGCCGUGAACAACCCCCUUCAACGUACUUGCCACCGGGUUACCGUUUGGCCGUAAGAAGUCCGCCAAUAGAGGGUGGUGUGCGCGGAGCUUAGGUCGACGAUGAAGCGGCCAGUUGAGUGAGCGUGUAACGUGUAAAGUGUGCGACGGAAUAAAACAGCUUAAAGUACGCGUGUGUUUUAUGAAUAAGGCGUCCUGGGAGGCCAUAACAGCCCGGGGAGCCCUUUGUCGACGCGUCCCUGCCUGCAGCCACGAGGCCAGGAACCCAGCCCUUGAGAUUAAAAUUCAUCGAACCUAUCAAAUUCACGUAAAAUUCAGAUCAGGCAACGGGGACGGCGUCACACUGCAUUAGAUUGACUAUAUAUUGGCACAUUACAUGUACCAGCAUGCCAAGAAAGUAUGUGAAGAGGCUUGGCAGCCGUCCUUAUAGGAACUACAGCGAACAGCAAUUGCAAAAGGCUUUGCGAGAUGUUGCUGAGAAGAAAUUAUCUCUACAGAAAGCCUCUGAAAUGUACAGAAUCCCACUUAAUACAAAUGUGUUUCGUCUGAAAAUGACAAAGUCAUCACCUGAUGGAGCCCAAACACCUACAAGAUGUUCUGGAGGACAGACAGUAUUUUCCAUGGAGGAAGAGGAAAGCAUUGCAGCACACAUCAUUGGAAUGUCUACAUUCGGUUUUCCUGUGACCACAACUGACCUCAAGGUAAUUGUGAAAUCAUACCUUACAAAAAUGGGCAGAAAGGUGAAAAUUUUUGAGAUUAACAACAAUACUCCUGGAAAUGAUUGGAUAUUAGGCUUCCUUAAACGUCAUCCAGAUAUUUCAGCAAGAAUGGCAAAAAACAUAACCCUGUCAAGAGCAAGGGUCGAUCAAGAAACAAUUUCGCAAUUUUUUGUUCAUCUUAAAAAAGAGUUGGAAGGUGUCCCCCCGACAAACAUUUAUAACUAUGAUGAGACGAAUGUAGUGGACGAUCCUGGCAAUGUUAAGGUUUUGGUAAAAAGGGGUACAAAAUAUCCAGAGAGAAUUAGGAAUGCCACAAAGGCUUGCACUACACUGAUGCUCUGUGGCAAUGCUGCUGGACAGCUCAUCCCAGUGUACGUGGUUUACAAAGCGGAGCAUAUCUACUCAACAUGGCAAGAAGGAGGCCCACCAGGGACCAGGUACAAUAGAAGUAAAUCGGGUUGGAUGGAUUCAACGUUGUUCCACGACUGGUUUGAAUUCCUCCUGCUUCCUCACUUAAAGAAGCAGCCUGGCAAGAAACUGAUUUUGGGUGAUAACCUUAGUUCACAUUUCAAUGUGGAUGUCUUGAGACUUUGUGAACAGCAUCACAUUUCUUUUGUAGCUCUUCCUCCCAACUCAACGCACCUCCUGCAGCCAUUGGAUGUGGCAUUCUUUCGUCCAAUGAAGGUGAAAUGGAGGGAAAUCCUCAAUGAGUGGAAAACUACACCCUAUGGGCGAUGCUGCGGUACUAUACCUAAGCAGGAUUUUCCUGGUUUGCUGUCUACAUUGAUGAAGAGCAUCAGCGAAAGGGCUGAAACAAACUUGAAGUCUGGAUUCCGCAAAUGUGGGAUUUUUCCUUUGAAGCCAGAGGAAGUGUUGAAUAGAUUAUGUGAUUCUGCAAUGGAUAAGCUUCCCAACUACACAGAAAAGCUGCAAGAAAGUUUCAUGGAUUUUCUGAAGAAAAAUCGAGAAGAAACUGUUGGAGCCAAGUAAAGGGAAAAAACGCAAACUCAGUUUGAUUCCGGGUAGAGGAAUCACAGCUGCUGACCUCCAAGGAAGUGAUGCAGUGGAAGUUGGUACUUCCUAUACUUCCUCUACAAGGACUGCUGAGAAAGUUCUCCCUACCAAACAAAAAAAGAAUGACAAUGAUACAGCAACAAACAACAGAAGAAAGAGUAGAAGAAAAAGAACCUGUGAGACGUUGUGGGAUGAGAAUAGUGAAUGUACUGACAGCAAUGAAGAGGGUCUUAAUUCUUCAGAAGAAGACAAUCCAACACAUUCCGGUUCCAGUAAUGAUGCAGUAACAGCUUUGGAAGGUGAUCGACACCAUAGCACAGCGCCACCAGAACAACCAUCAUUUUCAUCUUUGCAAGUUGGUGAUUUUGUGAUUGUUAAUUAUCAUGACACCAAAUUGUAUCCUGGGCAGAUUACAAGUGUGGAAAAGAGUGCAAACGAAUUUGAAGUAAAAUGCAUGCAAAAGAAAAAGAAGUUUUGGGUAUGGCCCGACAAAGAGGACAAAAUAUGGUUUAGGAGUGUGGAAAUUAUUUCGACAAUCCCUGAACCAAAAUCAUUUUCUUCCACCAGGGGUCUUUUCAUGAUUCCUGUAAAACGUUAAGAUCAUACUUUUGUACAAUAUUAUAUUGUUUACUUAUUAAGUUAAAGUAGCAUAUUAAGGUUGGUAUAUCAAUUUAUUUACAUUUUAAUGCUAGUUACCUAUCAACAUUGAAAUAUGAACAAGUUUGAAACGAAGACAUUUGGGUGAAAUGUUUAGGUCAGUGUUUCCUGUUUAACAUAACACAUUUGUUUUGUUUUUUGCAAAUUAUAAACUGUAAAAAUACAUUAAAAAAGCUAAAAAUGAUUUUACUAUGUUCUUUCAUUAGUUGCGAUAAAGUUCCUUGGAGUGAAGUAGGCACAGUGACAUAUGGCCAUGUUAAACAAGUUAUAAAACCUUAUGUACUAAUCUCACCCCAAAAUGUGGGGUGAAAUUAGUACAAAGAAAAUAUUUUUUAAUAAAUUAUAUUUUUCAUGUAUGCUGAAAACCCACAUAUAUUUCUCAAGCAGAGGUAUAGAUGUAUAUAAAAAAAUAUAAUUGAUCAUGCCAUUUCAUUUUUAUGUUACAUUACAUCAAGAAAAGCUCAAUAAGUGUACCAAUGUCACCCCAGAUUACGGUACUUACAAUUAAUGGUGGUACCUGUGUGUCAAAUAAAAGUAAUGCCUAGAAAAUAUUAUUGGUUUUAGGUAAUUAAAUAACUCAGCAAUGGUACAGCGAUUCUUUGUUGAAGUGUUGAUAUUAAUUUAAUACUUCCAUUUAAACGUAUGCCACAAGACUUAAGUAUGUAUUGUUUGGGACAUCUUUGACCAAGUUUUCAUUCAUAUUUCACAAAUACAAGUUACAAUAUAAAAUAGGUUUGAGGGCAGAAAAGUUUGCCAGUCAAACUUUUAAACCAGCAAUGCAAAUUUUGUUAUAAAACCUUUCCUGAUCUGUUACAAUGUGUUGAAAAAUUGGGUUCCUACAAAAUAAGACACAAACAAGAAAAAAAAAAUUAUUUAAAGGGUUCAAUAAACACCAAGCGUGCCAGGUGUUUACUUACACUAAAUCUAAAGAUAUUUAAAUACAGUAAUGACAUUUAAUCUGGAAAGUUUCGAACCACAGCCAUGAUGGAUUAGCAAUUUUUCAGGAUUAUCAAACAUCGAAGUAGUUUUUACAUGAAUCUAGAAAAAAUUAUUAAUUAAAUAUAUUCAUUAUAGUUGUAAUAAGCUGCUCCAUAGAAGGAAAAAUUGCAUAUGAAAAAUUAUUUCUAAAGAGUUAUCACAUUGCUUCCACGGUAAAAAAAAAAAAAAAAAAAAAAGACUGCUGAACCGAAGAAUGACAAAUAAAUGAGCACUGAUUGUAUUAAGUUUUAACGGCCCUCAUAAAUGUCUUUAGAGCUGCAAAUAAAUAUUUCUAAUUUUUUUUCCAAAGAUGUAUUUUUAAAGGGCACACCUACCUUGGCACACAAACGGUAUGUAGAGCUACAGAAAACACUAUGUGAGUUGUAAACUAUCAAAAAUAUCAGACAAGAUUUUUGUGUUUACAAUAAGCAUUUAAGAAUACGCUGAGAGUGGAUUAUUAAAUCUGUUUCUGUAAUUUGUUUUUGAACUGUAUUUUUCGAAGAGUAAGAAUGUCUAAAACACGGGGUUUCAGAAAAGUUUUUAGACAUGAAAGAUCAUGUAAAGAAUCUUGAAAGCAUUCAAAGGACUUGCAUUGCACCUUUAUCUUCAUUUCUCCGCUAUCUAAUGUUACAGUUACUGCUCAACUAUCAUAGCUGCCCUAUGCAUGACGAGAAGAAUGUGUGCCAGUUCAGAGCCUUGUGCUUAGAGACGAUACCACGCUAGAAGCACCAGCGAGCAUCACACUUAUCAUCCCGCUUCACCAACACAAAUAAACCUCUGACCCCACUCAGAUAUCUUGAGUAGUUAUCAAAUCGUUUUGUUUUCCUGAAGCUCUGCGCACCGUGUGUGUACCCGGGCAGACGGCGCCCUUAAAAUUCCGGAGUUUGCUUUCAAAGUACAUAUUUAGGAGCAUGUUUUCAGUGUAAAUAUUAGGCAUGGAACUUUCGGUAUAGGUGUAUGCUAACACUUUACACAUCUUUAUUAUAACACUCCAAUCUCAUUGCUGCUCUGUGCACAAUUGCGGUGAGUGUGCAGCCCACUUUUAAGAUCAGAGGCCAUAAUUUCUGUUAUUUAUUCAUUAAUUUAAGCAAUUCAAGCACAUUUUCCAUUUGACCUAUAUUAGAUUCUGAAUUAAAUACAGGUACCACCUUAUGUUUUCCUUUUGACUGAUGCAGGCUUCCAUUAGCAUUCACCACUGCAUUCAAGUUGACGUCAGCCGGGGCUUCGCCCCACGAGCCUGAUCAUCCUCCGUUCCCUUUCCCACCACCUUUCCUACCCGGCAUUUGUGUCGUGACGUACGUAGCCGUGUGCGAUUCAAACUGCGCGCCACGAACUACAGCAAGAGGGCGCUUAGCUGCAGUGCGCCGCACCCCUAAAUAUGUUAAUUAAUAUUGUAAUCCUUUUUCUUUCCGCCCCAAAACAGUGUAACGAUGGCUAUGCAUGUGAGUGUCUUUUAAUUAAUAGCUUCAUGAUCUUUUAUUAUUUUAUAAGUCCAAGCACGAACAAGGACGCUCCCUAGCGGGCGACGGAGGAACUAACAUGAAACUCAUUUGAACCCUGUUUUAUGUUUAUAAGUAAUCAUUACAGACGGUCUUGACAUGGAAGUAAUCUAAUAAUUAUUGUAAAAGGAUUUAUGUAUUUUAUAAUAGUAACCCGGGGCACGCUACAGCCAAGUUGUAACGGUAGUUGUGUUCGGCGCGAAGGACGCCAUGUUGCCACCCGCAAGCCAUGAGCUCAGCCCAGUCUCCUUCUACAGCCGGUCGAGAGCGGACGUCUCUGCAGACACCCCGAGGACAUCACCGUUGGUUCACCGAGUAGUAAUUCUGUAACUUAAUUUAUUCAAAUCGCUUUCUUUUCAUCCUCGGGGCCUCUCUCGGCCGGAGAGACUGCUUAAGUAAUAAUUAUUCAAUCUUCGGAGUUUUUAUCUCAUCGGUGUAUUAAGUAACGGCUUGAGGCGGCCACGUGCGUGGUUCGCCUCCUCACCUAAUCUGAUUCGUGCCUCGGGCGUUUUAAAGUUGUAUCAGUGGAGGAUCGUGUAAGGACGUGUACCGUGAGUAGAAUAAAAGCCAAUUAACUGUGUUACGUGUUUUGUGUUCGGGGGGCCACGUGGGUCCCUAACCUGGUCAGCGGCGUGUGGGACGCCCUGAGAGCCCACUGCGGUAAUUAGAAGCGUGCCCGACGCUGAGAGCGGGCUUAGGUAGGGACAGGAGCUGCGUAUAACAUUUGGAGGGCUAAUAUCUCGCCGCACACGGGCCACGUAACGCCCUGAGUUAGAGUCUUUCAGCCGGGUCCACGUGCCCCCUCACGUGGUGGCGCCCAUUAAUUUCCACCGAUAUUUUCACCUCAACACCGGUACGCCCUCAAAGUAUUGAAGUAUUGAAAUCAGUACCUACAAGCUAAAACCUUUAGUAACUCCAAAAAAUAUAAUUUAAAAAAAAUAGAGCAGUUCUGAACAUUUUUUUUAAUACUUAUCAACAGUUAUUAGAUUUAUAAAGGAUACAGAAAUAUUCACAUUAAUUUUGAACACCAAAAA